CAAGCCCGAUGAUAAUUCUAUAAAUAGGUAGAAGUCGCUCCAGGCCAAGAUAUAUUCGAAGAUGGCAGUAAAAACUGCACUAGGGAAUUUCUUUAGGAAGUUUGCACACGUUAGAUUUGGCAAUGCUCAUGGUGCCAUUACUGUCCAAGGAAAAAAGAGUUAUGGAACAUCUGCAGGGGAACAGAAAGAAUAUGCUUAUGAGAUGGCAUGUUCAAAUAUACGAUAUGGAGAAGGGGUCACUAGAGAAAUUGGAUUGGACUGUAAAAAUCAUGGUGCAAAGAACAUUUGUGUUAUGACGGACAGGAACUUGGUUAAGUUGGAGUCAGUGAAGGUGGUCUGUCAAGCUUUAGAGGAUGUUGGACUGAAGUACAGUGUGUAUGAUAAAUGUAGGGUGGAGCCAUCAGAUAAAAGUUUUAAAGAUGCCAUUGACUUUGCCACUAAGGGUAACUUUGACCUAUUUGUGGCAGUGGGGGGUGGCUCUGUGAUGGACACAUGUAAAGCUGCCAAUCUUUACUCCUCUAAUCCAAAGGCGGAGUUUCUGGACUAUGUUAAUGCCCCUAUAGGGAAGGGCCUGCCUGUCACUCAUAAAGUCAAACCCCUGAUUGCAGUGGCAACCACCGCAGGAACAGGAAGUGAGACCACAGGAACAGCUGUGUUUGACUUUUCUGAAAUGAGAGCAAAAACAGGUAUUUCAAACAGAGAGAUCCGCCCCACACUUGGUAUAGUUGAUCCAUUACAUCUCAGAACCAUGCCAGAGAGGGUGACAGCCUACAGUGGAAUUGAUGUUCUAUGCCAUGCAAUAGAAUCCUACACUGCCUUACCAUAUUAUGAGAGAGUCCCCCGUCCUGUCAAUCCAAACCUUCGCCCCGCCUACCAGGGUUGUAAUCCAAUCAGUGACAUUUGGGCAAGACAUGCCUUACAGAUUACCAACAAGUAUAUCAAGAGGGCAGUCUAUGAUGCUGGUGAUAUGGAGGCUAGAUCCAUCAUGCACCUGGCCAGUUGUUACGCAGGAAUUGGAUUUGGAAAUUCCGGAUGUCAUUUGUGUCAUGCCAUGUCUUACCCUAUCUCUGGUCUUGUUAAAUCCUACAUGUCUAAAGGAUAUGAUGAUGAUCAUCCAAUGAUGAUGUAUAGAAUUAUGAAAGGCAAAGAAAUUUUAUAAUCAUUUCAAGUUUUUUUUAUAUAUAAUAUAUGACCAAAGCGGCGUGCCCACUGAUAUUCAACUUCAGGUGUGGAUACAACAAACAAGAGGAAGGAGGAUGCUGGUCUUAUCUUGGCUGACCGACUGAGACAGAUCAUGCAGGACCUGGAGAUGCCAGAUGGACUGUCCAGUCUAGGAUAUACCAAGGAUGACAUUCCUAACCUAGUCAAAGGAACAAUGCCUCAGCAUCGGCUGACAAAGCUUUCCCCUCGUCCUAUAACUGAGGAGAUAAUAACAGGAAUAUUGGAGAAAUCCAUGAAAAACUACUGAGCAUUUACAGUAUAAUGUAACACAGAGAUAGGCAUCCUUCAAUGUGUAAAGGUUUGACAGUGAAUGAAGGGGCUGGAAAAUCUCAGGGUAAUGGAAAUCUGGAGUUGUGAAUAUCCAUAACAAAUGAUUCUAGAGGACCAAUUAUACUAAACAACGAUUAAUUUAUGUAUAGUAAACUUACUUGAUAAAAGUAAGGGAAUAUUUUUAGAGAUAAAGGAAAUGAGAGAUUUCUGUUGUGCAGAUUGUACUCAUUAAUUUCUGAUGGUCUUUUUUGUGCAUGCUGUAUUUUUUAUGUCUAUUAUUAAUCUUAUAGCAAUAUAUUUUUAUUAUAUAUUGGUGCUACCUAAUAAAUAUGUAUGAACAGAUUGUGUAAAUUGUAUCUUUAUAUUGUAAACACCUUUCAAUCAUUUGUGGCAGCCCUAUCAUAUCUUUUAAUCUGUCUUUCAAUCCAUGAAUUUCAUAUACUAAACUUUUCCUUCACUUUUAAAAUUCCCUAAGAUUGUUGCAGCAGUUACAUUUUACAUUUGCAUUAAGCUCGAGUUACAAAAAAAAUUAUAUGAUGAUGUAUUUCGUACAAUUUGCAGAAAAGAGCAGUGUAGGAAAGCCAAUGACCGUAAUAUAGUUUACAGUCAUUAAAAUGUAACAUUUGUAUGCAUAUCUGUGCAAAUCUGCUGAAAAUUGAAUGUACACUUAUGAAAACUUGCUAUUGGUGAUUGUAACUUACUUGAACUUUGAAAAUAAAGCUGUAGUUCGA